UAUCUUGACACAUUGUCUUGAAUCUCGUCAAUACGCAAAUUUGAUUGUACCAGUUUAUACAGCAGCGCAGUACAGAUUUUUGUCCAUUACAUCAUAAGCAGUUGCAGGAUUUACAAAAACACUCCUCGAAUAACUUCGCAAUAACACUAAAAUUAUUUACUUUCUUGAUUAUCGAUUUAAAUGUGAAAUAUAUUUCAAUGAUUGAUGUGGGCGGUUUUCCAAUCAUGCUUCUUAAAAAAAAAUACCCUAUUAAGUUAUUCAGUAACACCUAUUCGUCAAAUUGAGAAGGGGGAGGGGGGGGGAAACUUCCCGAUCAGGAUAUUCCAGUUUUAUCCGGAAGAUGAAAAUCCUCGCCACAGAACAUUUAACAGCGUGUCACACCUUUGUCUUUUUCGCUUUAAUCUCUGCAGCCACAGAAAAAAGAGUCUGGUGCUCAGGGGCAAAAGAAAAGAAAAUGUAACAUGAGACUGGGUUUAAUUCUUCGCUUGUGAUUGUUUUUGUGGCUGUUUGCCUUGGCGGCGCAGAGACGCACUGCGCCUAUAUUACAGGACAUACGCGGGCGGCCUCCCCGGAAAGUCUCCGGAGAUCUCCGGCUCCCCUUCGGCCCGCGAUCGGCGGCGGUCUCGUCGCCCUCGGCUGUCAUGAAGGAUGGACGGGCGGCCGCCGAUCUCGGGUAAAGUCAGGAGCUCCGUCACGGAUUUCUUUUCUCCGAGCUGGGACCCGGAAGCAGAAGGCAAGCCGCCGACUCGCGUUUUGUUUGUUUUUAUCUGGAGUUGGGGAGACUGGCCGAGAGCAAAUGGGAAGUUAGAGCUGCAGGGAUGGGGGAUGAAGGCUGCGGCGGGGGCGCCGCUCCCGCCCGGGGGAUGUCUGCCCCGCUGAGCGCCCGCCACGGGGAUGCCGUCGGCGCGCUGCCAGCCGCCCCCGACGGAGCUCCCACGCCGGGCACAGAUUUUGUCCUGGACUCGGAGACAAAAGUUGUCACGCCGGACGGUGUCUCGGUGUCGCGGGAGGCGACGGGCGAUGAAGAAAACGCGGAGAGGCGGACCGGCGCCAUGGAGAUCUUAAAGAGUCUGGGGGCGCCGAGAGCCCUUCCCGACCGGAGCGGUGCGGAGGACGGCCGGGGGCAGCACUGGGACGCCUCGACGGUGGACAUGGCUGUUAAAAAUCAGGCUGACUGGUCGGAUGGAGACGGGAGUGUGGCGGGGGAUCGCCGAACAGGCGACCGUGUCCUUACGGAACUCGCGACGGGACCGACACUUUCUGAUCCGGACGGGGCGGAAUUGCCGGGGCCGGCCGAAGAGUUCUGGAGCCGCCCGACGUGCGGCGCCCUCCGCCCCAAGGAGCACGUCUACUGCACGGUGUACUGCAUCGCGAACGACAGCCCCGGUGGCCAGGCGAGCCUGGACGGCGCCCUCGGGACUCCUCCGGCGGCCGAGGCGGAGGGUCCGCAGCGCUACCCGGAGCCGCUCUCCCUGACCGCUCUGAUCGAGUCCCGGAGUUCGGGCAACUUUUCGGGCGCGGAGCCGAGCGCGUCGGUGCCGGUGACCUGCCGCGUCUGCUUGGACGACAAACGCAUCAAGCCACUGCACUGCUGCAAGAAAGCCGUAUGCGAUGAAUGCCUGAAACUGUACAUCAGUUCGCAGGUGCACCUGGGCAAGGUGGACGUGGUGUGUCCCAUCACGGAGUGCAGCGGCUACCUGGAGGAGAGCACCGUGCUGGGACACCUGGCCAGCGAGGAGGUAGCCAAGUACAAGUAUUUCCUGGAGCUGAGCAAGAUCGACUCCAGCACCAAGCCAUGUCCCCAGUGCAGCCUCUUCACCUCCCUGAAGGGCCGCAGCCUGCAGCCGCCCAGCAGGGCGGAGCACAAGUAUAAGGUCCAGUGCUCCACGUGCCAGUUUGUGUGGUGCUUCAAGUGCCACGCCCCCUGGCACCAGGGCCUACGGUGCCGCGAGUAUCGCAAGGGCGACAAGCUGCUGCGUCACUGGGCCAGUGUUAUCGAGCACGGCCAGAGGAACGCCCAGAAGUGCCCCCGCUGCAAGAUCCACAUCCAGAGGACGGAGGGCUGUGACCACAUGACCUGCACGCAGUGCAACACCAACUUCUGCUACCGCUGCGGCGAGAAAUACCGUCACCUGCGCUUCUUCGGCGACCACACGUCCAACCUGAGCGUCUUCGGCUGCAAGUACCGCUACCUCCCGGACAAGCCCCACCUGCGGCGGCUAGUGCGCGGCUCCGUCUGCGUGAGUAAAAUCCUGAUUGCCCCAUUGGUCGUCGUGCUGGUGGGCGUGUUUGGAGCAAUAGCCAUCGUCAUAGGUCUGAUUGCUUUCCCCAUCUACUACAUCUGCAAGAAGCGGAGGAAACGUUCGCAGGGAACUGGACAUUGGUUCUGCUGACAGUGCAGCUCCACCUCGAUGCAGGGAUGGAGGGAACAAAUUGCCAGACUCAGCCCAGCAUCAAGCCAAAUACAGAUGGACGCUUCCGGAACCAGAGCAGAGAUGACGCCAGGCACAGAGUCCCUGUUCUCACCCUGGAACCCACCCGGAAAGCCAGUCUUUACAGUCUGGGUCCCGACGAUUUGGACACUGGGUCGUUCUCCUCAGCCACCUAAGUUGCUGGCUUCUGUGAGAGGUCCAGCAGGGCUCUGCUGUCCUGGUGGCCUCCCUGCGACCUUGACCUCGUAGAUGUGAGGGCUUCAGGAAAACCAAGACAUUCAGUGCUCUUCAGCGAGUGUGCAGAAGCAUCAUGAACGGUGCCUCAGAGCUCCUAAGGGUAGGGAUAGACAGAUCCUAGCCAACGUCACUUGCAGUAGUUUGCAGAUAUUGACCAUAACGCUGAUGCUUUAUCACUGUCUCUGACAGAUCUUGCCAUUUUUUUUCCCCCUAAAUUCUUUUUCGUGGUUCAUAUCUUUGAAAGAUUUGUGAUAUUUAUUUAUUUGUGCUUGCUGGCCAACUCUUGCCUUGCGUUUCCCAGGCUCUCGUUGGGACAGUCAUACCUCCCCCGGUGGGCCCCGUGCUGCUGGCAGCUUAGUAAUCAAGGUCCCCCUCCCUACGUUGUUUUUCCACUCUCCUUACUGCUCCAACCCCAGCAGUUGGCCAUCUCUUCCCAAAGGCACUCAGUGCCAUAACAUAACCGCCAUUAUGUUCAUUGUUACUCGCGCACCCAUUCUUUCAGUGAUGAGUUUUGUCAUGUUGCCAUAACCUUCCUCCUGACUUCCAGACCGUGACUCCCGUUGGGUGUUCAGAUCAGCUCAGGUUCACUCCGACGCGCCAAUCCCUGCGACGUCUGGCCUGCGCUACUCCGUGGUCGUGUCGUGGGCCCGACGAGCGUCGCACGAGCAUUGUGAGCAGUGCCGAAACAAGGCUGCGUGAAAACAAGGCGUGUGUCCCCCGCACUGACAUACUGCCCUCACUUCCUGUCUGAACAAUACACGGGCGAGGUGGGUGGCCAGCUCUCAGCUUUCAAAGGAGCCCUUUGAAUGGUCGCCGCUUGCCCUGUAAACAGACACGAUGCUGUCCCCUUAGCUUUUGUAUGUGUAAUUAUGGAAGCUUUAUGAGAAGGGGAAAGCUGCGGAAAUAAUGUUGUUUCACUCCUUUUGAUUAGAUUGUAUUAGUUGAUUCUUUCUUCUUUUUAACUUUAAGGGAGUUUAAAGCCAUUUGUUGAACUGUAGGGGUGUGAUUAAGGAGUGUGAAGGAAUACGCUGCAUCAGAGCAUCUGUCGUCCUUGAUGCAGUCAUCAUCCUGUUCACGCUCAUCCUGAUUUCGACAUGGUUACUUUAGUGAGUUGCUCUAACAUUUGUGUGACUUGCCACGUCAGUCCCGGUUGAAGAUGCCCAGAUAAAUUCGUAACAUUUGCUGGAUCUGAGGCGUGCUAACAUGCGCAAAGCUUAGCAUUGCCACCAUGCUCGUUAAUGGACUGCAUUGUUUCAGUAAGCAACUGCAAUGUCACGUGCAUUUAAAGAUUAUUCAAGGAGCUAAUUGCCAGCCAGACAAUGUCCGCUAUGCACAGUAACCUGCAAAACAUGUUAAGUGAUGGAUGAUGCCACAACAGACAAUCGCGUAUCCAUGCUUCUUUUCAAACGUUGACAAAAGAAUCUACUGUCAAUCUGUCAAUAAUAAUCACGAAGAGAGUUGGGUCAACUUGUUUGAAAAGGGUACUUCAAUUGGGACCACAAUCAUCAAAAGACAUUUUAGAAAAUGUAGUCUUUUCUAAUUGUUCUCAGGAAACAUUCAAGGUAAAAUGUCUUGUUUACUAAUGCUGUGAUUUUCAUUAUAGCCCAGUGGCAGGUGGGAUUUGCAACUUAAAAUACAUGAUCAGCAGGUCGAUUAACACAUGAACACAAUGUGUUUCAGUUUUUUUUUUUUUGGUCCAAAAUUAGUCUGCUGGAUGCUCAAAGGAAAGAAUGUUUUGUCAUUUACAGUUUACUUUUUUAUGUGUCAUCAUAAUUUUGCAGUCCCCGUGGUGACCUCCAUCACUGGGCUGACUGCUGAUGCCCCAUCUGGGUGCAAACUCGUCAGGUGCCUUCAAAAACGGCAAGGCUGAAGUGCCACAUUUCACUUCCAGGACGUUAAAACCUCACGAUUUCUAACGAUUCUGUUAUGCUCAUUUGUCUGAAAUACAGCAUAUAAAACUAGCGCAGAACAUGAGAUGAGAGCUUCUGUCCUCCGUAUGUGUGACAUGUCUGUUUGUAAAGCACCACGCUCGUGUUUGACUCUCCAUUCCCCGGAUCUCAGUCCAUCUUCAGAGCUCUUCAAGCACACGUCCCUUGUGAGGAACUGUGAACUCAAGCUCAUUAAACGAUGUUGGCAAGAGGUGCCAGAACUCA